CACCAGCAGAGAGAGCAAGGCUGCAUUAUUCAACAGAUCCUGGUCUCUGCGAUCCUCGGAGGCACUGAAACCAGCAGAUCAACUUGCAGAAAGGUCCUGCGCUCUCACUGUUAGAUCCCUCAGCAGGCUGCAGUCAGCAGGCUCUCACAGCUAAGCCGGUGACUCACCCCAUCUGCACCUCUCGCUGAGCCAUUAUUACCAUGGAAACCCCGAGCCAAAAACGCACGAGCCGCAGCGCCGUCUCCCCGGCCCGCAUCACCAGGCUGCAGGAGAAGGAGGAACUGUGCAACCUCAACGACCGGCUGGCCGUGUACAUCGAGAAGGUGCGCUCCUUGGAGGUGGAGAACACCGGGCUGCGGCUGCGCAUCAACGAGUCCGAGUCCUCGGUCAGCCGCGAUCUGUCGGGCAUCAAGACAGCCUAUGAGACGGAGCUGGCAGACGCCCGCAAGACCCUGGACCAGGUGGCCAAGGAGCGAGCACGCCUGCAGCUGGAGCUCAGCAAGAUCAAGGAGGAGCACAAGGAGCUCAAAGCCAGGAACGCCAAGAAGGAGUCUGACCUGGAGGCAGCCCUGGUCAGGUUGAGGGACCUGGAAGCCCUGCUCAACUCCAAAGAUGCUGCCCUGAGCACUGCCUUGGGGGAGAAGCGAACCCUGGAGGCAGAGGUGAAGGACCUCAAGGCCCAGCUGGCGAAGUUGGAAGGAAACCUUGCCGAUGCCAAGAGGCAGCUACAGGAUGAGAUGCUGAGGAGAGUGGAUGCUGAGAACCGCCUGCAGACCCUGAAAGAGGAGCUGGAGUUCCAGAAGAACAUCUACAAUGAGGAGAUCCGUGAGUCCAAGCGCCGGUUCGAGUCUCGCAUGGUGGAGAUCGACAGCGGGCGGCAGCAGGAGUUCGACAGCAAGCUCGCCGAGGCGCUGAUUGAGCUGAGAGCGCAGCACGAGGAUCAGGUCCGCCUCUACAAGGAGGAGAUCGAGAGGACCUACAAUUCCAAGCUGGAAAACGCCCGUCACUCGGCGGACAGGAACAGCCACUUGGUGGGAGCCGCCCACGAAGAGCUGCAGCAGACCCGGAUUCGAAUGGAGAGCCUGUCGGGCCAGCUGAGCCAGCUGCAGAAACAGCUGUCAGCGAGCGAGGCCAAGGGGCGGGAACUCGAGGAGGCUCUGACACGCGAGCGGGACCUGAUGAGGCGGCGGCUGGAGGACAAAGAUCGGGACAUCAGCGAGAUCCGAGCCCGGAUGCAGCAGCAGCUGGAUGAGUACCAGGAGCUGCUGGAUAUCAAACUGGCCCUGGACAUGGAGAUCAGUGCUUACAGGAAGCUGCUGGAGGGAGAGGAGGAGAGGCUGCGUCUGUCACCCAGCCCUCCGCCCACAAAGGUCACAGUGAUGCGGACCUCCGGCUCAGGCCACUCCCAGACCAGCCGGGUCCUCCACUCUUCUGCCGCUGCCUCCAGCAGCCGCAACUCCUCUGGGACGAGCACCUCAAAGAAGCGCCGGCUCAACGACAAUGACAGCGAGACCUCCAGUGUGACAGGGGGCGCUGUGACCAAGGCUCGCAUCAGUCAGCACGCCUCGGCCAGCGGCCGCAUCACCGUGGACGAGGUUGAUAUGGAUGGGAAGUUCAUCCGUCUCAGCAACAAGGCUGAUGAGGACCAAUUGCUGGGUAACUGGCAGGUGAAGAGGCAGGUUGGGAAUGCCGCCCCCAUCAUCUACAAGUUUCCCCCGAAGUUCACUCUGAAGGCUGGAGGGACUGUGACUAUCUGGGCUGCAUCUGGUGGUGGAACCCACAACCCACCCACUGACCUGGUGUGGAAGAGCCAGAACUCUUGGGGCACCGGCGACCUCCUGCAGACCAUCCUGAUCAGUGCUAGUGGAGAGGAAAUGGCCAUGAGGAAAGUGACCCGCACCCUGUUCAGUGACGACUAUGAAGAUGAUGAGAUGGGAGCUCACAGCACAAGUGGUGGAGACAAUGAGUACAACCUGCGCAGCCGCAAGGUGAUCUGCGACUCCUGCGGGCAGCCGAAGGAGCGCGGCGGUGCCUGCGGCGGUCUAGCUGAAGGCCUCCCGGGACAUUCCUACUUCAUGGGCACCAAUGAGCCCAGAAAGGGCCGGAUGAAGCCGGAGAACUGCUCCGUCAUGUAAAAGCAGGCAGCACCUCACCUGAACCCAGCACCUCCUGCAGCCCACAGGGAGACUCGUUUUCUACCGUCGGGAUGUUUAUCUUUAUUUUUUAUACGAUUGUGUCUCGUUUUGUAUUCGGAUUCAUGUGCAGGUUAGAUUUGCUUCGAGGUUUGGGCAGAGGGCGCAGGAUCAUAUUCGGCUUUCAAGUUUGUAUCUUCAGCUUCUGUUGCUGCAUGUUUGCUGUCUGCUUACGCUGCUCUCCGCUCUGCACGCACACAGGUGUGCACACGUGCACAAACACGCACACACACACACACACACACA